GUAUAAAAGCUCGACGCGAACGUCAUACGCUCAUUAAUUAUUUACGAAUCGUAAAAAUUCAUAACCGAAUAUUGUCCAGAAUGAAAUUCGUCAUUGUUUUCGCUGCAAUUUUGGCUGUUGCUUCGGCUAUCCCGGCUCCAGCUAUUUUAGCUCCAGCUGCUUACACUUAUCAAACUCAAAAAUCUGCACUCAUUCCGGUUGGGACACAUGUUUCCACUUUGGUUUCUCAUGGAGCUCCAUUGAUUGCUUCAGCUCCGAUUCCUAUUUCUCAUGGUUACGCUGCUCCAAUGGCUGCCGCUUCAUUGAGCUAUGGCUACGGUAAAAUUCUUGGUGCUGCACCGUUGGCUCAUGGUGCCCCAUUGGCUUAUGGCUAUGGUCAUUGAAUAAUAUGAAGAAAAACAUUCUAUAUUAAUCUCCAAGUCAUUAUUCUGUAUAAAUAAAAAAUUAAAAUAGAUCAAUAAAUUCUUUGA